AUGACGUCGUCCUUCGUGAUGCCAGGUGAACACGUACCGGCACAGCACGUCAAUCUCAAGCUCGGACCAGGCCUAUCAGAGCUCUCGGUUGCCCGAGGCUCAGGAAAAGGCUCCAGUUCACGGCAGCCGGUCGUUGCAACACGGGCGGGGAUACUAAACCACUCUAGUAAUAGGAGCAAGUGGUGGGUAGAGGGCAAUUCACGACGGUACGUCCCAGCACCCCAGGAGAGUGUCAUAGGUGUAGUCAGUGGACGUAGCGGAGAAAAUUGGCGGGUGGAUAUUGGUGCUGCACAUCCUGCAUCGCUAGAUGGCCUGGCAUUCGAGGGUGCUACCAAAAGAAAUAGACCUAAUCUCAAGGUGGGAUCAGUGCUAUAUGCCCGAGUGUCACUUGCACACAAAGACAUGGAACCGGAAUUGGAAUGCUUCGACGCUCAGACACGUAAAGCGGAUGGUUUUGGCGAGCUAAAAGGCGGUUUCGUCACGCAUUGUAGUUUGCAAAUGAGCCGAUUGCUGCUCGACCCGAAGCAUUUCUUGCUUCCUCUCCUGGGCUCCCGGUUUCCACUGGAUAUUGCCGUCGGCGUGAAUGGGCGGAUAUGGGUCAGUACCAAAGAGGCGAAACAAACCAUCGCUGUUGUGCGAUGUGUUGAGGCAGUCGAUCCCGACGGCGGGGGUAUGGAUGAGGUUUCUGUCAAGAAAUUCCUUGGUGAAAUGGAACUUUGA